CGUCCUAAUCUAUGUCCAAACCUAGGAAUUUUUGGCUGCUCAAGGCAGAGCCCGACUCUCGCUUCGUCAAGGGAAAGGAUGUAAAGUUUAGCGUCGACGAUUUUGAGACCGUCGUUACAUCGUCGUGGGAAGGUGUUCGGAACUACGAGGCGAGAAAUCUUAUGAAAGAGAUGAAAGUUGGAGACAAGGCUCUUUUUUACCACUCGAAUUGCAAAGUUCCUGGAAUCGCGGCUUUUGCUGAGGUGGUCAAAGAAGCAUAUCCCGAUCACACUGCUUGGGAUCCUUCGCACCCAUACUUCGACCCUAAAUCAGACAAGGAGAAACCCAAAUGGUUCAUGGUCGACCUCAAGUUUACAGCGCGAGCACAGCACUUCGUUCCUUUGUCCUUCUUGCGUUACAUAGGCGCCCAAAGUAUCGAAUCUGUACCCGAAAAUGUCCGUUACAUCAGUCAGUCUGAUGCUGAAGCUAUUCGAUCUAUGGACCUCAUCACCCGUGGACGUCUAAGCAUUCAGCGUGUGGGUGAGAAAGCCUGGGAUGCGAUCAAGCUUUUGUCAGAGAAAGGAGGCUGGGAAGAUCUGAAUAUCAAGUCGGAGCAGAAGACUCAGAUGAAAGCCGGGCGCACUUCUUCCUCUAAACGACUAAAGAAAGUCGCUGCUAAGGAUAGGGAUGAUCAGUCCGAGGAAGGAGGGAAUGAUGAUGAACCGUCGAAUCCUACAACGUCAAAGCGAGGGAAGAAACGCAAAGCGGCUACACCUCCAGACGAGGUUCUGCGUACUCGUAGGUCAACUAGACGUUAUUCAGCUGCUCCUGCCGCGCCUGUCUAAUUUUUUCUAUUAUAUUUCUGUAUUUUCCAGUCGUACCUCUCAACGUUGUAUAUAUCAUAAUUCACAGAAACGCAG